AUGCCCAACCGAUUGAAAGCAGCUGCUCUCGAGAAGCCGAGGUUGAAAAUGCUCUCGGUACCUUUCCUUGAUGAGACAUUGAUGGCCGGCCCUCCCAGCUGCAAACUGGCGGAUUUCGCAACCCCACGACUCCGACGUUGCACCUUUGAUCAAGAAGACGUGCAAUUCGAAAAUAGACUGGACGGUGGGCUUGAUGGGUACGUCUGGAAAGUCACUCUUGGAAAUGAAAGGAGAGGGCCAUUCGCUCUAAAAAUGUUCUGGGACAAUGAGCCUCCCAAAUUUGAAAGGUAUUAUGCGGCACAGCGGGAAUGCCAAAAUGCCGCCAUUUUUCAAAUGAUGGAAGCAGCCGUAUCCACCUCGAACGUUCGAGUACUCGACAUGCCCCGGGAUCGGUGCGAAGCUGAGCAGAACUAUUACGCCUUUAGCGACGAGUUGCGUGACGAGAACCCUGACGCAGAUACUGAAGACACGAGAUUAAUAUCAUCGAUCCCGCGUAUGGUGCGCUGUUAUGGGUGGAUGAAGAUCAGCGGGAGCACCGUCCCUGAGGAGCUACGGGCGCCGCCGUUAACAGUCGGCAAGAUCCAAAGGCUCAUGCCAUCCGAUGAGAAUUAUAUUGCGGUCAUCUACGAAUUUGUUGAGGAUGGCGACAAUGAACCUUGUGCUGUAGAUGAAGUGUUAGACUUCCUAUGGCAUGGAGGAUUUUGCUCCGCACUCUCUCCACUGGGGAAGAACUGGAAGAGUGGUGUCUUGAUUGAUCUGUCGGACAUUAUCCAUGUUUUUGGCUUUGCAUGGAAUAAAGCACUCUAUGGGUGUAGAUCUGCGGCUCAAAUUCUGGUCAGCUAA